AUGGGAGUCUACAUACCGCCCCCUAAUGACGAUAACAACGACCGAGGUGAAUCCAAGGGCAAAGCCAACAACAAAAAGAACGUGACUAGCAACCCUACCAAUCCCCUCUCAACUUCAUCAUCCUCCGCCUCAGAGGCGACUACUAUUGUAAUACCCAACCCCAAGUCGCUCAUACCGCAUAACCCCAGUGUUGGCUUGAUAUGGGGUCCAUUCACCCCGUCUCCAGAUAAUCGUCCAGCACUUUGCGCAAUGAUUGGUUUACAAUUUGUCUUGGGUGUCGGAUGUUUUAAAUUUGCCAGAAAUCAACUUAGACAUCGACUUGUGGCAGUGCCAAACGGCCCCCCACGAUCCGUGAGAAGUGGCUCCAUAUUCAAGCUGGUCGUCUUUGCUGCAGUUGGCUCAACCGUGAUAUUUGGAAGUGGGUUGGAAAUUUCUCGAAUGUUGUUGCCGUAUGAUCCAUGGUAUGAGGAAGCACAACACUACAGGAAAGUUGCCAUUAAGAAUGGCGAUAAGCCAAGCUUGUGGUUUGGGGCUUACAGAUACUACCAGCCAAUGUCGCUCAAGAAAUGGACAGAACUAUUGCACAAUUGGUUUGAAAAUGUUAGUCAAGAAUUGGAAGAGCCCGAAGGAUUCCGUAAUUUGUCAAUUGAGCUAGGAGAAAAGAAUAACGUAUUAAACACCGGAAACCGUGGCACCGGGUCAGGUCUUUUGGAGCAGUUAAACACCAGAGGCAAGUACAACGAGAUACAUGCAAAGUUGAAGGACAAUAACGACCAGCGAUUUGAGCACAUGUUGAACAAUGAAUUGAAAGACGUUAACGAGCUAAACAAAGCCGAGAGACUUGACUUGAUAUUGGAAGGGAAAAGCAACUUGGUAAAUGACAACUUUGCCAAGCCAAGUAUAACAUUGGGGACGCAUACGAUUGAUGAUGAUGACGAGUUUGAAAUGGUUUGGCUCAAUUUUGAGCCCUGGGACGAACUCAAGUUGGAAACUGAUUACGAUAUAAGGCUAAUACCAAGGUACGCAUUGCCCAAAGAAGAAGAAGAAGAAGAAGAAGAAGAAGUCAAUGCCGUGAAAGGUCACCAAAACAGCCAGACGUCAAGUCAUGAAAACUUAUAG